AUGGCUACCACCACCAGCACCACCACCAUCAUCGUCAUCAACAACAACACAGGCUGUCGACUGACUGGAUCAGGCGUGGAGUAUGCUGGGAAAGUGCACCGAUCAGCCGGCGAGCGCGACUGUUUGUCAUGGAACAGCCGUCACAGGGAGAAGGGCAUGAAAGAGGCCAGUCGCUUCCCUCACAGCGUCUUUCCUGAUGGAUCGCGUAGGAAGGCUGGACAUCGAUGUCGCAACCCAGAUGGAGACCCCGGAGGACCGUGGUGUUACGUGAGGAGAGAAUUUGAAGAUGAAGGUGAUAAAGAAAAUGAAGAGGAGGAAGAUGAACCGGCGAAAGUGGAGAGGGAUUAUUGUAGUAUUCCCUUUUGCAAUGAGCAAGACUGCGUGGUGUACACGACGGGAGGUGAGGGCCCGGUGGUGCACUCCCACUGGACUCCCUUCCAAAAGGGGAAUGCCACCAUCAGCUUCGCCAUGAAGCUAUGGAACCCCGAGGAGUGGAAUCGCGUCAGGCUGCACCUGGCACUCAGCGUGCUGUCCAUCCCGUCAUCGGGCUCACAACUUCAGGAGUGGCAAACGGGCGUCGAAUUCGUGUUAUCUAACACGAAUUCUGGCAUUGUAGCGGGAGGAAAGAGUCCAGCAUUGGUGAGCACUCCAGGCCUCGUUUGGGGGACCCGAUGGACGAAGAUGUGGAUCAGAGUGGAAGGAGGUAACAUUUCCAUGGGCAAAGAAGAGGACACUACGCCGUUGAUAAGCGGAGAAUACAACAACACUGGACUGUUUCGGCUCAAUUCCAAGACUUCCCUUUACUACAGCAUUGUUGGAGAAAGUGGCAUGUGGAGUUUCCCUUCCUGUAUCUCAGACUGCGAGGUGCAAACAACGACCCGGUUGGAAUUCGUCCGUUUCUGGCAGCUUAUGAAAACAACCACGGCACGCGAAGCCAUGUUUUUCGUAAGAGCUGUACAUUCUGCCUCUCUCGAGCUCAGAGCGUCACCUGCCAUCAAGUACCCUCGCAUCCGGCUAAUGAUGGGUGGAAGAAAGAACAAGACAGAGCUGAUCUUGCAACGGUCCGCCAACUCGAGCCAAAUUGUGUUGGGGACAGUGAGGGCUGACACACUGCUGUCAUAUUGGGACUGGAGAGAAUUCUCCAUCAGUUUAUUUGGCGACACUUUGGCCGUUUUCUGGACACGAACCAUCGGCACGCAAACCCUCAUUGAGGUAGGACAUGAGGUGAUAAGAAGUAUGCAAUGGAUCAGUCCAGGCUCCCGUUCUACUGCUCACUGGACAUUGUUAUGUGCUCCAACUGAAGCGGCAAAAGUUCCUGCAGCCUUGCCUCCACAGUGCUCCACGUCUGAGGCAGACGCCAAAUACAUGGGGUCGCAGUGGAUCACAAUGACAGGACAGCCAUGCUUACCUUGGGUAUAUGCAGCGAGCAGCAUGAGUUUUCUCAGGAAUGACGAGAUGUUUGAAGAUGGCUCUGCUGUAGCCGCCCUUAACUACUGUCGCAAUCCAACCAAAGAUCCACAAGGGCCAUUUUGUUUUAUACAAGAUGAAGCUACUAACCUGGCCCGAACAGAAUAUUGCCAUCCUCGAAAAUGCAGGGCUUCAGAAUGUCAUACGGCAGGAACUGGAAAUGACUACAUGGGGGAACUGAAUGUGACUAGAUCAAAAAGAAUAUGCCAAAGAUGGACAGAAAACACCCCACACGUGGUGGCCAAAACCGACAGGAAUGACACUUUGUAUCCCGAACGAUCAGUUGAAAAAGCAAGAAAUUAUUGCCGGAACCCUAGCCAUAAUAUUGCAGGUUCUUGGUGCUACACACUGGAUCCUAAAGUACCACAGGAUGUGUGUGAUGUGCGAGAUUGUGAAAAACCAGAGGAGUGCACCAUCUUGACUCGAGGCGUGGGAGAAGGCCGUCUGGUUUAUAUUCGCAACAAAUGGAGGAAGGAAGGCCUGAAGUUCUGGCUAAAGGAAUGGGAUCCAGACCUGCCUGAUGGAAUUAUGUUUGUGAUUAGACCUCUCAGUGGGGACAACUAUUACAAGCUAAUCAUUGGGGCCGAAGAGAAUGAGAAGGUGCUACUCUUCUAUGGAGUGGGAGGAGGCAAAAAAGAGGUACUUCUGAAACAAAAGACCCUGCCACAUCUGAUUCCUAUUGGAAAAUGGGGAGGUUUCUGGUUAAGAAUUCCGACAGGAGGCAUCUCACUGGGUUAUGAGGGCUUGGAAAACCACCUGUUUGACUGGGAACAUGGUAGUGAGUCAUUAACUAAGGAGCAGAGGCAUGAGAUUUUCAAACCCAUGUUCAUCACCUAUACAUCAGUUAAAGGCAAUACCAUUGGAGUCAAUUUUCCAUGCGAUGAAUGUCACACAGAGAAAACAACAACAAAUCACAUCACCAAGAUGUUCCCAUUGGGGCUGUGGUCAAAGNAUAACAUUUUCCAGAUGCUGAAAUCUUUACAUGACACAUUUGACUUGCCUUGCCCAUGGGUUGCAGAAAAAAUUCAUGCAAAUUUGUCACUUGUUGACAAUUUGGUGUCUUCUGCGAAGAAGGUAUUUGUUAAUGCACCAUAUAGACAAGAAGCCUUUAAAGCAGUAGCACCGAACAUUCCACUUCUGCCAGAACCAAAUUUAACGUGUCUAGGAAAUUAUUAUGGCCUGAUAAUUGGCAAGGGUGGAAAUCGACUAUACUACGUCAAAAAUGACGAGAAAGGACUCAGAUCACUGAAAAGAGUAGACAUUGCUGGACCUAUGAUACACAAAGACGAGUGGACAGUGUUUCAUAUCAGAUACAAUGAAACCAAUGUCUCUGUGGACAGAAAUGGAAAUAGAUUACUUGAAUAUAAACACAAUCUACCUAUGUUAUACUACUGGUUUUCUUUGGGGGCAGAUGAAGGGGAAGUCACUUGGUCUGCCAACUGUGAUCCUGAAGAUAUUGAUGGUGACCCCAGGAAUGGUGGGUGGUCAGAGUGGAGUCCUUGGACAUGCACUGUCACAUGUGGUGGUGGGGAGGGACUACAGACACGCACCUGCACAAAUCCUACUCCUAAUGUAUAUGGCGAAGACUGUACUGGAGUGGACAAGCUGGAAGGUGUCUGCAAUAAUUUUAAAUGUGGUGAAAUCUCACCAGCCAUCAACAGAGAAAUUAAUACACCUGCUCAGUCCUGA